UGCGGAGAACGAACACGCGAAGGAAGGCUGAUGCGAGGCGGCCUUAUUCCAUUCAGCAGCAUCAUAACUUUUCACAGUUUCCAAAUCCAAAUUCCAAACCCUAGUUCGAGAAAGCCCCGAAGCUUAACCUGAGAGCAACGAAGCACAAACGCAACAGGCACGGUAGAACUUCUUCAAGAAGGAAAAAACAAAAUCAAAGACGGCAAGUCUUCUUACCUAAUCUGAUGGACUGCGUCCUUAUCCCUAUUCCCACUAUUCUUAUCCAUCUGGUAUAAACCUAAGAUUCACCCAACCCCCUACGUUAUAUAGCCAUCUCUCGGAGACCUGACGAGCUUCGUAUUCCUCUGCCGGCUAUCAUCGGAAACAUCAUCUCAAAAGAAAAAAAAAGGAGGAGGACCAUGUCUAACGUCCCCACGUCCCUCUGCAACUCCUCUCUCACGCUCUUCCGCCUUUCCAUCUCCAGCUCCGAUCCUUGGCCCUUCUCUCUCUAAACCCUGACUCUCUUCCCUGCACAAGAACUCCAACCUUUCCUUGCCCUUCUUGGUUUCCUUUUUUUUUUUUCUUUUUCUCUCUCUUUUGUCGAUGAGAGGUGAAGAUAUACACAAACAACAUCAUCAUCAUAACCACCAUCAGCGUUUGCUGAGCUUUCACUUCCACAUGCCCCACCUGAGCCACGGGCACGGGCACGGGCACGAGAAGGGGAUGAGUCUUCCGGCGGCGAUGGCUCCGAUGAGGAAGGGGUGGAUGGGGAUAAGAGUGGGCCAGGAGGGGGAGGAGCAGGAGCGGUUCGUGGUGCCGGUGGACUACUUGAAGCACCCGCUCUUCGUGGGGCUGCUCGACCAGGCCGAGAAGGAGUACGGGUUCGAGCACAAGGGCGCCAUCACCAUCCCCUGUGGCGUCGAUCACUUCCGCCACGUUCAGGGCAUCAUCGACCGCGACACCGCCGCCGCCGCCCACCACCACCACCACCACUUGGCUGGAUGCUUUAGGGCUUGAAGAUUUUAUUGGCUUUUUUUUUUUUCUUUUCUCUUUUGAUUUCUUCAUUUCUUCGGAAGAGAUAAAAGAAGAUUGAUGAUGACGAUAAUUUGUGUACGGGCGCCUUCGUGCUUUUGUCUUUUUAAGGCAUUACGUUAGCUAAGAUUCCUUUUAUGUCUGCAAAUUUUUCUCAUAAUUUCUUAAUUUGUAAUAUGAGAGACAAGGGGGGAUUAAGGAGAGUUUAUUUCAGCAUAUAUGGAAACAUGGGAUUUGGAUCC